AUGAAGUUCUUAUCAGCCACUGCCCUGCUUCUCGCCUCUCCGCUCGUUGCAGCGGCCUCCUUACCAACUCUCUUCGACCCCUCGCAGGCCCCGAUCCGUGCGGGGGACAAUGAGCGCAAGAACCCAGUUAAGGGCGACAACCCUCUAGAAUUCUGCGAAUCUCCCUCCUCUCAUCUCCUCACCAUCGAUUCCGUCGAUCUGUCGCCCAACCCCCCUCAACCUGGCGAGAUCCUCACCAUUACCGCAUCGGGUACUUUCCACGAGACCAUCACCGAGGGUGCUAUCGUGAAUGUGGAAGUCAAAUGGGGCGUUAUCACCCUGGUGAAGCAGACUAUGGACUUGUGUGAGCAGAUCGAAAAUGUCGAUCUAAAGUGCCCCCUGGAGAAGGGCAAGAUGGUCUUGACGAAGCAAGUCCAGCUGCCCAAGCAGAUCCCUCCAGGUCGCUACUCGGUGCUCGCUGAUGUUUACACCGAGGAUGACAGGAAGGUCACCUGCCUCAAGGCCGAUAACAUUGAGUUCAAGAUCAAGUUCUAA